GGGCCGGUUCCGCGCGCCGCCGCCCCCGCCUCGCCGCCGCCGAGGGGCAGGGCCCCCUCACCCCCUCCCCUUCCCACGCGCCGGCCCCGUCGCCCCCGCGCGCGCGCGCGCGCGCACACUCGCGAGCCCCGGCGACAUGCAAAUGAGCUGGCUCCAGUGCCCAGACCCAAGCCCCCCACUGCUCAAUGGACACCCCCAGCCCAGACCCGUUGCCUUCGCCUUUGCCCGGGGAGGAAGAGAAACCUCUGGCCUUACCUCCUCCUGUUCCCCGGGGCCGCCGAGGCCGUCGUCCUGGGGGAGCCACCUCCUCAAAUCGGACACUCAAGGCCUCCUCCCUCCCUCGCAAGCGGGGCCGUCCCCCCAAGUCAGGGCAGGAGCCCCCACUGGUGCAGGUGCAGGGCGUGACAGCCCCAGUAGGCAGCAGUGGCGGGAGCGACCUCCUCCUGAUCGAUGAUCAGGGUGUGCCCUAUACAGUCUCUGAAGGGUCAGCGGCUGGGCCUCAGGGCUCUGGCCCCAGGAAGGCCCCACACUUCUGCCCAGUGUGCCUGCGGGCCUUCCCCUACCUCUCCGACCUGGAGCGCCACAGCAUCUCGCACUCAGAGCUGAAGCCACACCAGUGCAAGGUUUGCGGCAAGACCUUCAAGCGCUCCAGCCACCUGCGGCGGCACUGCAACAUCCAUGCCGGCCUGCGGCCCUUCCGCUGCCCGCUGUGCCCCCGCCGCUUCCGUGAGGCGGGCGAGCUGGCGCACCACCACCGCGUGCACUCGGGAGAGCGCCCUUACCAGUGCCCCAUCUGCCGGCUGCGCUUUACAGAGGCCAACACGCUCCGGCGCCAUGCCAAGCGCAAGCACCCGGAGGCCAUGGGGGUACCCCUAUGUGCACCAGAUCCAGGGUCUGAACCGCCGUGGGACGAGGAGGGCAUCCCGGCCACAGCAGGGGCCGAGGAGGAGGAGGAGACAGAGGGGAAGGGGGAGCCGGCCUGACCCACAUCCCCGGCCAUCGCUCCCUGGGCCAGGUUUAGAGCAGGGAGUUUGGCUGGUGCUGGGCCUGGGCCAGGGGGCCGGGACACCCUUGUUUCUGGUGGUCUUCCCGUUGUGGGAGCAGGUGGAGGGUGGAGACCUAAACUUCUGGGUCCAGCUGCCUUCAGUCCCCCUCGCCCAGACUAACAGAUCCUUGGAGGCAGGGGUUGUGGAAAUAAAUCUCUGCCUGCUGG